CGACGUCAUCUGCGGUGUCAAACUGCGUCCGCGACCGCAUAUUUACUCUUCCGCGCCCGCUUGCACGGGACGGUCUUCUUCCACGCAAUCCCGUUCGGCUCCCGAGUCCCGUCGCCCCUCUCCUCGCGGCACCUCUCGCCGGAUCGCCCUACCCGGCGGAGCCAGCCCCGCAGCCUCCGGAUCGGCCGCGAUUCGAUUCGCGCGCGCCUCGUCCUUCGUCUUCGUCUUCUUCAGCUGUUGCCGCCGCCAUGACCGGGCUGGCCCAGACGGAGUUGUGCUCUCCCGGGUCCGCCGCUACGACCAAGACGACGAAGAGCGUCCAGUUGUGGCGGACGCUGGUGAGUUGGGUAGCGGUCUUGUUUCAUGUCCUGCUCCAGAUCCCACGGAGGACCCCCUCGUGGGCGCAGCUCGUCUCCUUUGUCGGCCUCCGCCAAAACCUCCUUUUCUCCCCUUCCUCCGCCUCUCCGGACUACAAGCCUCUAGCCGUUGAUCCCCCCACCGACGCCCCGCCGCCUAAUCAGUUCGCUGGGCCGGAGCCCCUGAAGAAGCUCACGAUUGUUCUCGACUUGGAUGAAACUUUAGUUUGUGCAUAUGAGACAUCUAGCCUUCCGUCUACAGUGCAUACCCAAGCAAUUGAAGCUGGUCUAAAGUGCUUUGACCUUGAAUGUAUAUCUUCAGAAAAGGAUGCUGAUGGAAGGCAAAAGGUGAACCAUGUCACAGUUUUUGAGCGCCCUGGUUUGCAGGAGUUUCUAAAACACAGCAGUGAAUUUGCAGAUCUUGUUCUUUUCACUGCUGGUCUUGAAGGUUAUGCAAGUCCAGUUAUUGAUAGAAUAGAUGUUGACAAUAAAUUAACUCAUCGCCUAUAUCGGCCUGCAACUGUGAUCACGGAACACCGGGAACAUGUCAAAGAUCUUUCUUGUGUAUCGAAAGAUCUCUCCCGCAUAGUCAUUGUUGACAACAAUCCAUUCAGUUUCUUGCUGCAACCAUUAAAUGGAAUACCUUGCGUUCCAUUUUCCGCUUCACAGCCAUGCGAUGACCAGCUUAUGGGAGUCAUUCUUCCUCUUUUAAAGCACCUUUCUCUCCAGAAGGAUGUAAGGACUGUACUAUAUGAUAAAUUCCACAUGCCGGAGUGGUUUAAACAGCAAGGAAUUCCCACCAUAAGCUCAACUUCUUGAGAUGGUUUUACCAAGCUCUUGUCAUUAGAAUGCUAUAAAUCUGCCCAAACAUGGCUUCAACUUUGUAUGAUCUACCCAAUUUUUCUGGAACGACUCUUUCAGGUUACCUGCUUGCCUGUUGAUACGAUGGAAAGGAUCCGCUGAGCAUAAAAAAUGUUGUACCUAAUGAACGGACAAAUUUUGAGGUUUAACCAAGCAUCAUCUCUCUUUCCACACAAAACCAUCCUGCUUGCCUUAGUUUAUUGUAAUAAAUCUUUCAGCGUUGUAUGCUUAGAAAUAUUAGGUGCGAGUGUUGCUGUAAUUAAUAUUAUAUUAUGGAUUCAUGGCAUUGAUUGAUUGAAAAUGUACAGAAACUGAAAUAAAAUGGAAUGGUUUGCAUCAA